UCUUUUUUUCCUCUUCCAUCGGCUUAAAAACCCCAAUUCUCUAUCUCAUUUACAUUCCACAAACACACCUCUCCAAAGUAACUCCUCACAUUUCUUUCCACUCCUAUUCCUCUCUCCCCUACAACUACCCUUCCAUUCCCCAUGACAGGAAAAAGAGCCCGAACCAGCCCGUUUGGAAGCCCCUCCUCCGGGAACUUCUCCGACGGCAGCUCCUCCAAAGACCAAGAACGUCUCCUCCCCAUCGCCAACGUGAGCCGGAUCAUGAAAAAAUCCCUCCCGCCCAACGCAAAAAUAUCGAAAGAAGCCAAAGAAACCGUCCAAGAAUGCGCGUCCGAGUUCAUAAGCUUCGUCACUGGAGAAGCUUCCGAUAAGUGUCAGAGAGAAAAGAGGAAGACGGUGAACGGUGAUGACCUCCUGUGGGCUAUGACAACACUUGGGUUCGAGAAUUAUGUUGGACACUUGAAGGUGUACCUCAACAAGUACAGGGAGAGUGAGGGAGAGAAGAACUCCAUGGCUAGACAAGAAGAGCUUUCACCUACAAACAGCGGUACAAUUUAUAGCACCAAUAUUGUUAUUAACAAUGGUGUUAAUGAUGAAAUUGGCAAAGUCACAAGUUCUUCUAUGUUGACUAGGCCAGAUUUUAAUCAGAGUAUCAACCGUGGGUACAAUUCAGUUGGAGCACAAGUGAUGAGUACUCCAAAGAGCUUUGGAGAUGGUGGAAGGGUCAUUGGCCAUGGAGAGAAUUUGGUGCAUGACUGGUACUAAUUGCAACUCAUCUUCAUCAUGGAGUUGAGUGGUAGAUCGACAAUUAAGAUUUUAAUUUCAUGUCAUUUUAAUUUUGUUGAUUUUUUUUUUUUUUUUUUUUUUUUUUUUUUUUUUUUUUUUUUUUUUGACCUUUUACUAUAUAUCUAAGCAUACCUACAUAUUAUAUAUAUAACAGUAACUGGAGAUCUUAAUUUUGAAAUAUAUAUAUAUAUUUUCUCCGUGAUUGUAUGUUGAUGUCUCACUUGGAAUGGAACAAUUAGUUAUUCAAGCAAUCUUGCCUAUAUAUAUAAUUGGCUUGAAUGCUAUGAUGGGAUUUCUGAUUAUAUUAUUUUUAUCCAUCCAUCUUAAUAAUAUGUUAUGCUACUUACCAAUAAUAGGCUAUGAGCUUUCCCUCCUUGAAGGA